AUGAUAUCGUUUAGUGUGGUGAAUAUUGCAGGAAACUAUGAUCUCGGGACGAUACACUCAAUCGUCAAUGAAACACCUGUCUGCCAUGUAUCCUUCGCACCAGAUCCCGCAGACCCUUUUCCAGCCAUACUUCCCAUGAUAGGCGUCAUGGGGUCGUUCGAUUUCCCCAGUGCAAGCCUGGACGAACCAAUGGAUUGCUAUCUGCAUGGCUAUGUCAGUUCCAGAAUCAUGAAUCUUGCCCGAGCGUCAGAGCAAGGGCUGCCUCUGUGUGUAGCAGCAACCAGAGUGGAUGGAGUGGUCCUCUCGUUGACACCAAAUUCGCACAGCUACAAUUAUCGAUCGGCGGUCUUGCAUGGAUACGGGAAUGUUGUGGAGACCAAAGAAGAGAAGUUGUAUGCCAUGCAGCUUAUCACCGACUCUGUGGUCCGGAAUCGAUGGGAAAACUCAAGAACACCUCCCGAUGCAGCAGAAAUGCAGUCGACAGUGAUUCUGAAAGUGAGUGUUGUCAGUGGUAGUGGGAAGAUUCGUGACGGAGGACCGCACGACGAGAACAAAGAUCAGAGCAGGGACGAAUUGACUGAAAAGAUAUGGACGGGAGUGAUGCCACUGUGGGAAACGUUUGGAGAGCCUGUUUCGAGCCCUCUGAAUCGAGUCGAACAGGUCCCAGAGCACAUCACCAGCCAUAGAGCAGAAGUGAACCAAAGGAAUGAAGAAUACGCGAAGAGUGCCGCUACGGAAUGA